AUGAAGAAGACAGUCAUUGCUACCUGUGUGGUGGUGCAGUCUGCUGUGGUUGUCACACAUAACGGUAGGGUGUCUGGCUCACUUGUCCAGUGUAGAGGGAAGUCCAGAGGAAGCGGGGUGCUCGUUCUAGUGACGGGGAUUCAGUGUGAAUAUUGCAAUGAGGCACUCCCUCCACAGGCUCUAAACUCAAACAUGUGGAGCAAUGUGGAAUGUGUGUGGCUUUGAUCCGCGAGUGGAAUCAUGCCUAUCUGAUAGAGGAGGGCCCUAUUUAUUUAUCUUUAGGUUUUUACUGCUGUUCCGUUUGACUCUUUGUGGUAAAUCUAGUAUGCUCCCCAUUCUGGUUUGGACUGCACUCUAUUUAUUUAGCUUAUAUUAUCUGCAUUUGCCAGGUGAAGCAAAUAUUAAGUUCACACAAAUAAAAGUUGAUUUUUUGGUUGGAUUGUGUGGCCUUGCCAUUGUUGUGAUGCUUUACUGAGUGUACAUUCUGGCUGAACAAAUAUAUUAGCCUGCCAGAAACCUUUUUGGAUUCUAGUUAGAUUUGCCAAACAAGGCAGUUAUAUAAUGAGGUAUUUGGAUCAUGUUUCACAUUUUUGUGGCAGGCCAAUUUUAUUUUUCUGAAACCCUACUUGUUAUAAUAGCUUUAGUACUAUCUAUAAACUUUGAAUUGAAUAUAGUACUUAUUUUGAUCCACCUAAUAAUCUAUCCAGUGACAAACCAAUGUUACAGUAAAGACCCUGGAUGUUGCUUUGGGGACCUUUGGGCCCCGGCUGUGAUAUUUGUCCCAUUAUUUCUCACUAAAUAUGUUCCUUUUUGGAGACUGUUUCUAACUUCAUAAUCACCCUCAAAUGAGCCUUUUAAAUGGUAGAAACUGAAACAAAUUAUGCUGGGUUUAGACUUAUGUAUCUUACCCCUGACCCCCUCUGUCUCUCUCUUUCCCCCCCCUCUCUCUUCCUUUCCUUCCCUCUCUUCAGAGUCAGAGCAGAGCAGUAGCCCACGCACAGGUAUUGGGUCAGAUCAGGAGGAUAGCCGAGCUGCCACCAUGGGUAAGGGGCCCCAUCGACUCACACACACAUCCAAAUACCAACACACACUGAAAUAUUCAUACACAUUUACACACUGCCAGACAGUGACAUAAGCACUGAGCUAGUUAUUCAUCUAGCACUCGCAGACACACGCAAUACCUUUCACUGUAAUAUUUGGAAUCCAAUAUAUUCCAGGUUGCUGUUAGGCUAAAACAUAUGGGCAUGUGCUUUACUGGCUUGCUGAUACUCUGUCAUUUAUUGUGUCUUUGUCUUAAAAGUGAGAAGUUACUGUAAUGUUUGUUGUAUUAUGUCACAGAACUCUCUAUGGUGACUCAAAUCUGUGUUUUCCAGAUGCUCCUGAGUUUCAGGAAAGCUUUGUGACGUCAGGAGUUUUUAAUGUAACAGAGUUGGUGCAAGUGUCCAGAAGUAAGAUUUUACAUAUUUUAUUUAGCUACUUAUGUUUUUAUAUAUUUGUGGUUGAAUGGAUGGACGGAGUGUGUUGGUGCAAUAAUAUAUUUUUGUUACCGUUCUUUCUUAAAACGUCAUGUGUGGCUACUUUCCUUAUAACUUCCUAGCCAUAACUUACACAGCAACAUGCUUAGGAGCUGGGCAUGUGUCACAUAAACUAUGGUGAUUAAAGUUCUGACAACCCUCUUCCGUGAAGAAUGAGCUAGCUCACGGUCUCUGGCCCUCAGGGAGCGGGUGGAAACUCCCAGCCUCUCUGGCAGCAGUCACACUGCUUCCCUCAGUAGCUGAGCUCCUAGUCUCUACAUUGCUGCGUGUUUCACUACUGCUAUUCAACCAUAACCCCAUCAGAUGGAUACACAGAGGUAGGAAACACAUGGAUGGUAUAACAGCCUAGGUGACAAAGAUGGUAGUGAAUAUCCAGAUCCAGGAUUACGGGAGAUACUAACGUAAUCCACUUACAGCAUUAAUCACAGACAACAUGCAGAGUAAACCCCUCCUUACUGUCUACACCCCAUCAGACACUCAAUUUGAUUUCUGACCGGGCAUCAGAUCAUAUGGCUUUAGGAUGACAUUAUUUAUGACUUCCUCAUCAUUUAUGUUGUUUUAUCUGUCUCAUGGUGGACUGUGGAUUGUGCAGAUGUUAUAUCCAUUUAAUAUGUUCUAUUCACAUUGCCAAGGCUAUGUGCUCUGUGCUGUGUGCUUUGAGCUUUGUGAUUGGCUGGGGAUGCUGUGCUCACCAGGCCUGACAUUAGUGAAUUAGGGCCACAUUAACACAGCCCCCACAUGGCCAGCCAGCCUCGAAUCACUCUGUAUGAAUAACCAUUGUCUCCCAGCCACACAGACCUCACUAGUCACCACCUGAGACCUCUAUUCACUUACCCUACAAGUCAUAAUUUACAUACGUUAUUUCAUUAUGUUUAUAAAUUGAGUUUAAUCAGAUUUGAAAGGCAGCUUAAGUGAAGGGAGCUGAAGGGAGAGAUGCUCACCCAUCUGUCAUAUGUAAUUGAUCACGUUUUCAGUUUCCACAGUGAUAAUGCCUUUCUCAAAAGGGUCAAUCUUCAUCUGUCAUUCAAAAUAAAUGCUAUUCAGUAUGAACGACAAGCUCUGAUGAGUGUACAUUCACUCACAUACACAGAUUUUUUUCAAAGGUCCCUGUAUGCAUGGCACUCAAGGGUACAGAAAGCACUUCCUUCUCCAAACAGCUAGGCUGCCCACGACAGUUGAAACAGAGCAGUACAUAGCCAAUUGCUUUGCCCUAGUUUUUGUCAGGCCUGCAAUCUGGAGUCCACGCACUGCAAGCCUCUGUACAUGGCCGAGACUGCCAAAUAUCAGCGCCACCUUCUUGUACCUACACACGAGGCUGUCCAAGCGUGCCGCAAGGGGCUGGUACUUAAGCAGCUUCUCGGCAAAGGCCUACUCCAUGUAGCCGUCAAAUGAGCAGCCCACUUCCAAAAUGAGCACCUCCCCAUGGCCUCCUCCCUCAACAACAAUAUCUGGCAUAUUUGGCACACAGGAAAACAUCAACAUCAAACCAGCUUCCCCUUACACAAGAAUGUUUAUGCAUGUGUGCUGUUGGUGAAACUACUUGUCUCACCUCACUGGCUAUCAGGUCAACAAGGCGGUCAUGUCUAGCAAUGUACAAAUCCUUGUAUGAACAGCAGCCAUUCACAACAUGGGCAAUGGACUCCAUUACAUUUGACUAAUGUAGAAUAAAAAAUGGGUCAUAGCUUGCAGGGUACCAGAGUGCUAGAUAAUAUUUUGUUGGUAGAACUUGCAGCCUCGCCUUAACAGUAAAGGUGAGAAUGUCCUCGCUGACGGCAGCAUUCUGGUACAUGGAAUGGGGACAGAGUGGUCAGCACAGUCCACAGCAGCGAGUUUCCCCUGCAGCCUCCAGUGUUGCAGUAGUUGCAUCCGUCUGAUACCAAGGAGUGUUGUCCUGGAUGUAGAAUGAGAUGUUCCAUCAUGGGUGACAGAAGCCUCCACAACAACACUGCGAUCUGCCACAACUGCAUCAGGCAGUCACUGGCUCAGUUUGCAUAUCAGUCCGUGUCCACCUGAGCUCCACUCCAGUCUGGUUGCAUGUCUCCUGAGCUGUUUUUGCUGUUUCCUUGUGCUCAUCUCCUCCUCCCACCUCUGUACACUGCUCUGGCAGAGCUGCCGCCAGGUGGAAUGGUCGGCAGCAGCAGCUUCCUCUAGGUCUGUGGGUUUGAUCUUGCACUUCUUCAGCAACGUUUUCAGCUGGUCCUUAUAGCGCUUCAUCUGCCCCCCUGCAGACCGCCGGCCAAGAUGUAGCUGACGCUCCUGAGACAUUCUAAUGACAUGCCCAAGCCAGCGCAGUUGGUGUUGGGUGACCAUGGCCUCCAUACUCUUGCAGUUGGUCUUAGCAAGUAUUUCUGUAUGGGGCACACGGUUGCACCAGGUGAUUCCCAGGAUGCGCUGCAGACAUCUUAUGUGGAAUCGCUCUAGCUGCUUGUUGUGGCGACUGUAAGUGACCCAGGCUUCACAGCUGUAAAGAAGUGUGGUGAUGCAGACGGCUUGAUAGACAGCAACUUUGGUGUGGAGGUGAUCCCUGUUUUGGAAGACCCUGCAUCUGAGUUUCCCGAAGGCAGCUGAUGCUUGCUUGAUCCUGUUUUGAAUUUCGAGGUCGAUGCUGCAGUCCUCCGAGAGGAUGCUGCCCAGGUAUUUGAAUGACGGGACUAUUGCCAGUGAUUUGUGUUAAAUGGUGAAGACAGUCAUGGUGGGUGGAGGGCUGGAUCUCCAUUGGCAGACCACCUCUGUCUUGGUGGUGUUGAUAGACAGUCCCAUCCUGCUAUAGACCUUCACAGCCGUUACAUGGAUGGACUGAAGGUGUUCCAGAGUGUGGGCCACAAGAGCACAGUCAUCAGCAUACUGCAGCUCAAAAACCUGCUCCGUCGAAACCUUGGUGGUUGCUUGGAGCCUCCUGAUGUUGAAUAGGUUUCCAUCCAGCCUGAAGUCCACUGCAACCCCACUGCUGUCCUCAAGCUCCUUGUGGAGAAGCUGGGUGACACAUAGGAGGAAGAUGUUAAAGAGUACAGGUCCCAGCACACACCCCUACCUCACACUGACUCCUGCCCUCUUAUGGCCACCCGAGCCAUAAUCCCAUCAUGGAACUGGCAAAGGAUGUUGACAAAUUUGUCUGGACAGCCAAAUUUGAGUUGAAUGCCUUGGAGAGGUCGACAAAGGCCAUGAAUAGGUCCUGAUGUUGUUCACGGCACUUCUUCUGGAGUUGCCGUGCCGUGAAUAUCAUGUUGACCAUACUCCUGUUCUUUCUGAAGCCGCAUUGUGACUCUGGCAGCAGUUCCUCUGUGAUUUUAUUCACCAGCCUGUAUAGCCUCACCUUGGCCAGGACCUUGCCGGCAACAGCCAGAAGGGAUAUCCCCCGGCUGUUGCCGCAGAUGGACUUGUCACCCUUGUUCUUAUAGAUGGUGACAAUGUUUGCAUCCCGCCACUGUUGGGGGACAUUCUCCCGGUCCCAAACCUCAGUGGUGUACUGGUGGAGCGUUCUGGUGCAGAAGGAACGUACCUUCUUAAGUAGCUCUGCCGGGAUGCUGUCAGCACCAGUCUUGUUGUUCUUGAGGGAACGGAUAGCUGAUAACACCUCACACACACACACACACACACACACACACACACACACACACACACACACACACACACACACAGCUGACAGCUGACAGCUGAUGUAGAAUGCUGUAGAUAUAAUUAUCAAAACUAAAUGAGUGAGUGAGUUAUUAUGAUGCAUAGGGAACACAUUUCACAUUACACCUGUCAAACUCACUCUCUGUUUCACAUUACACCUGUCAAACUGGCUCUCUGUUUUUAUGUGUCACACCUUGCCUGACUAUUUGGAGUAAAUGUAGAAGUUAAAGACUUCAAUUUACCACCGGCGAGCUGGCCUCUCCUGGGGAAAAGACUGCUAGUCCAUAUUCACCCCCUCGACUCCCCAAAUCCUCAGCUGCCCCGAUGCUAUGCUAUAACAACUAUCACCUGCACCUCUGUUUAUGUGACACAUUCAGAUUUAGUUUUCAUAUCACAAACUCCACAACACUUGUAUCAUGUAUUUACGCUAAUAUCGAUGCUCGCCUUUUGCCCCCAAGAGGUGUUGAUUUAGAUUUUAGACUACAUAAUUAGCUUAUUUAACUAAUCUGUUACUUUUAAGUGCAUUCCACUUUAUUUACCAAGGCCUCAUGUGGGAUGCAUAUCCUAGGAGACAUUAGCUGCCUAUUAGAAAUGAUGAGUUCUCCACUGACCUACUUUACCAGUGUAAUUAAACAGAGAAAAAUGUGUUGUAAUUACUGAGCUUGUUUACAUCACCACAGGUAUCCAGCUCAACUAUAGAAAUAGAAUCCCACACAUUGACUUGAAUGGGGAUUCCUGUUCUAAUAUUUAAAUUUCUAUGCAUUCAACCACGCCUGCUCGUGUUGGCAGUUCCCUCCCUGGUUACUCUUCUUUGGCCAGAGGUUCCUUUAAGGUGCACGUGAGGGAAUUUCUACACUGUAGAUCCAUGAAUCCUCCUUUUGUGUUGUGUUCGCCAGCGUCUCAGUACAGUGUUUAGUCAGGGAGAGAUUGAUCGCCUGGGGAUCUGUAGUGAUGCCAUCCCACUGUUAAUAAGCAUACCUGCCCUAACAAAUGGGCCAUUGUUCUCCGAGCUCACUGUGUCUCCCCACGGCUCGGUACAAUACAGUACAUACUAGCAUAGUAGAGUGCAACAACAUCUCUGUCCACUCCACUCCAGCCAGACACAGCACAGCAGCAGGCAGCCAUUAAUGCACAUGGCCAUAUUUAUUUAUUUUAUUUCACCUUUAUUUGUGUAUAUAAAGGACAUUAGUGGAAACGUGAGAGGGGAAAUGGGGUAAAUACUGAUAGAUGGCUAGACAGCCCCAGACCCAUAAUGCUACAUCCUCAUGCUCUUGUCUCGAGAGCUGAAGUACGGUAGCAGACUGCAGCUGGGAUUGUCCACUUUUUGGAGCUGUUACAGAGAAGCGCACACAGAUACAACACAAUAUUUUUGCUCACACAGCGACACAAUUCUUCAGCAGCGAUGUAUGAGUGAGCUUGAGGAUGGUGCUACAUGUCAUUUAUGCAGAUGUUUGAGUAUUAUACCAUAGAUAAUUGCAUGUUUAAUUGAAAGUAAUGUGCAGUGUGUGACAUGUUCCUCCACUGACUGACCUGUCGUCCCCCCUGUGUGUGUUUGCUGUGUGCAGCUCCGGUGGUGACCGGGGCAGGCCCUAACUUUUCUCUUGGGGAGCUGCAGGGGCAUCUGGCCUACGACCUCAACCCCUCAGGGGUGGGCAUGAGGAGAACCCUGCCCAGCACCUCCUCCAGCGGGUCAGUACCAGCCCCAAAACACACACAUGCAUACACACACGCACACAAUCUAGACUGGAAAUGAACAUAUUGCAUACACUACAAAGGCACAAACUUGCGGCACAGUACACUUGUUUUAUUAAUGUUGGUACUACUCUACCCUGUGAAUACAUUCACAUUUAGAGAGAAUGUUAGAAUACAUUCCAGGUUAACAGGAGCCUUGCAUAAAUGAAUGGCUGGAUGUGCAAACACUUAGGCCAAUGAGAGGAGGACUGCAUGUUUUUUCAUGGGUGCACAGAGAGCAGUGUCCUUUUGCUGAAAGCACAAAACGUUAACUAAAAGAACAAUGGCUGUUCUUCAGAUGACUGCAGGCUAUGUGAUUUAUCUGGAGGUGUACUCCACUGCCAAAAUACCAGCUGUGAUUUAUUGUCUUAUUUGACACUGUAAAUGUCAAGUAAAGCUGGGACAAAAUGAGACUGUAAAUAAACUGGUUUACCUGAGGGUCCUGGAGCUACUCAGUUUCCUACCGGUCAUCUUCUGAUUGCUGUUGUUGACCCACUUGUGUACUGUGUGUGUGAGUGUGUGUGUGUGUGUGUGUGUGUGUGUGUGUGUGUGUGUGUGUGUGUGUGUGUGUGUGUGUGUGUGCAUGCGUGCUAUCGCGUCAAAUUAGCCUCUAAAGUCCAUUGUGCGCGAGAUGACGCUGUCGAGCAAAAUUAAACAUAAUUGAGCUAGCAAACACUUAAUCAAGAGCUCAGAGGAUGGGUCCCACGAGCAGAGGAUGAGUGCCGCGAGAGCACAGACCAGUCGAGAGCGCAGAAAUUUGGUCGAGAGAGCAGAGGAUGUGUCCCACGAGUGGACAGGCCAAACUUGAGAGCUAGCAAGUGUUACUUUGGGCGAGCAGAACAUCAUUGCCGCAGAUCAAAAAGAAAAAUGUCAGAAUAAAAAAAUAUAGAACUAUAAGCAAAGAAACAUGGUUCAAACGUGUACAAAAUAAAUUUGAAAGCAUCAAAUUGUCCACCAACAAUAGUCACCGGUCUUUGUCAAGUUCUCACUCUCAAUUUGCUCAAGUCUUGGCACCUUUGGGUUUCAAUUAAUAGUUUUUCUCGAUUGGAUUUCAGGCUGGUGGGGGGCGGGCUUAGAGGUGGGUUCGUGUCUAGAAACCUUAAGAUUGGUCACUUACACUGGAGUGAUGGAUGAACUAACAAACACAUACCGCCCAGCCCUAUGGAGACACAAAGGGUAGAACCUGCUACAUUAACAGUACAUAACCAGUGCCAAAUAAUAGAAUGUAAACUAAUAUGAUUAACCAGCUAAACUCAGGUUAACAUGUCAUCAUGGUACACACAGCAUUCAAAGGAGGACUGAGGACAAAGCAACGGCAUGCAUUCAGCAAACAUUUAAAUGAGGAAAACAAAUGAUAGUUUUAUAGUAAUUGUCUGAUUGGGAACUACCAUUGACUAUCAAAUUAUUUCAAUUUGGCAUUGGAAGUUGUAUUGAGUACAGGCAGUAAUACAGAAGUAAAAUCGCAUAGGGAGUCACAUCAGAUCAGAUGUUAUCAGCAAGCCAGAGCCAUCUGUGGAAAGAGCACAAGUAGAACAAAGAUAUAUGUGCUGCAAACAGAUAAAAUGUAUCAUUCAAGAUAAGAUUCCACCUAAAACAAUGACAUGAGCUCUGUCCCAAUUAAUCUCAUCUUAACUCCUCACUUCCUCUCUACUCGAAUGCUUCUCAAAACCGAUUGGAGGUCUGAGGCGAGGAACCUAGGAUCCUCUCCUCUGAUGGGGUUUUAGAAGGAGGCACGGAAAAACGACGCAAGGAAUCGAGGAAAGAUAAAAUAGCACAGAUCUGUGCCAUGUUUGCCUCAAUAUGGAAUGGCAGACGUCACUAUGUGGGACCACGCCCCUAUCCACAUCGACCGGACCGCAGUGGAGAAGGUGAAGAGCUUCAAGUUCCUCGGCGUACACAUCACUGACAAUCUGAAAUGGUCCACCCACACAGACAGUGUGGUGAAGAAGGCGCAACAGCGACUCUUCAACCUCAGGAGGCUGAAGAAAUUCGGCUUGGCCCCUAAGACCCUCACAAACUUUUACAGAUGCACAGUUGAGAGCAUCCUGUCGGGCUGUAUCACCACCUGGUAUGGCAACUGCAACGCCCGCAACCGUUGGGCUCUCCAGAGGGUGGUGCGGUCUGCCCAAUGCAUAACCGGGGGCAAACUACCUGCCCUCCAGAACACCUACAGUACCCGAUGUCACAGGAAGGCCAAAAAGAUCAUCAAGGACAUCAACCACCCGAGCCACGGCCUGUUCACCCCGCUAUCAUCCAGAAGGCGAGGUCAGUACAGGUGCAUCAAAGCUGGGACAGAGAGACUGAAAAACAGCUUCUAUCUCAAGGCCAUCAGACUGUUAAAUAGCCAUCACUAGCCGGCUACCACCCGGUUACUCAACCCUGCACCUUAGAGGCUGCUGCCAUAUAUACAUAGACAUGGAAUCACUAGCCACUUUAAUAAUGUUUACAUACUGUUUUACUAAUUUCAUAUGUAUAUUCUGUAUUCUACUGUAUUUUGGUCAAUGCCUCCUACAUUGCUUGUCCUAAUAUUUAUAUAUUUCUUCAUUCCAUUCUUUUACUUUUAGAUUGGUGUGUAUUGUUGUGAAUUGUUAGAUACUACUGCACUGUUGGAGCUAGGAACACAAACAUUUCACUACACCCGCAAUAACAUCUGCUAAAUAUGUGUAUGUGACCAAUACAAUUUGAUUUGAGCAGAGGCGUACAAUCCACGCCAUUCAUCAGUAUUAUUGAGCAAUAAGAAACCUUCUUUAGACCUUUAGUUAAGAAACACAUAAAUGAGCAUACACAUAUGUUUAAGGAUAUUUAAGUAUUCAUACAAGACUGUUGGGAGUGCGGUGCCAUACCUUUAGCUCCCUGGUGCAGCUGACACGCUAAAGAUAGAGUUGCGGCAGAUGUCUGUGGAGGGGGUCUUGACCACGUUCUGGCUGUUCUCCAGACAGCAGUAACGUUGGAACGUGUCCCAGGCACUGUUGGUGGCCACGUCACCUCCCUCAGAACCAGUGAAUAUCUCCAGGUUCUUACAGUGGGGCAUCCACACAAUGUAUAGAGAAGACAGAAAGAUACAGAGAAUGGAAUUAGAUUUAGUAUGGAGUCGAAGGGCUGAAUCCCAACUUUAAAUCCUUGUACCUUGAAUUUGUUCUUUAGUGACAUCAAUGCAUUAUUUAUGCACAAGUCUCAGUUGUGUCUAGGUGUUUAACAGUGUGUGUGUGGGGACUAACCGAGUCAAUGAGUGUGCAUGGGGACUGGACAUCACUGAGUGCAGAGUAGAGGGGCAAACUCAGACGAACAGUGUAGUCCAUCCCUGGCUCAAAACACUGGUCUGGGGAGCACCACAUAUCUGAGGAGACAAGAGAGAGAGAGGAGAGGUCACAAAACACUGCACUAAAUCACACGCAAGAAAAGUGUGUGCAAACAAAACGCAGGCCUGUAAUACAGGGUGUAUACAGACUCAGAGUAGACUCAUAUACACAAAACGUAUAUCCUACACUACACACACACACUUGCAUACACAGACCCAUUACUCACGCUCUCACGUGCAACAAACAUACACAGAGAGAGAGACUAGGUGUGUUUAUCGUGAUCCAGGGUGGAGGAGUAUCAUCUGGUUGUCGUCAUCAGGCAUGGUGUUGGCACAGCAGCUGUUUGUUGAGAUGGGACGCAUCACCUCCUCCCACUGGUCCAGUAACUAUGCCAACACAACAUAGACAUUGGAGUUUGAUGCCCAUGGUCAAGACUCCACUGAGGAAGGUGGAGGGAUACAUACUGUAUGUGCUGAGUUGUGGAGGGAUACAAAACGGCCUGCGUUUUGUUUGCACACACUUUUCUUGUGUGUGAUUUAGUGCGGUGUUUUGUGAACUCUCUCUCUCUCUUUCUCUCUGCAGUACAAUGGCGCCGGAGGGGAUGGCUUCCGUUUUAUGGACUCUUAACCAACCGUGCUAUUUUGUUUGUUUAUUCGCAUUGUUUGUAACUUGUUUGUAACUUAUGUUGCUGCUACCGUCUCUUAUGACCGAAAAGAGCUUCUGGACAUCAGAACAGCCAUUACUCACCUUGAACUGGACUAAUAAUUUUUCUUUAAUGAGUCGGACGAGAGGGAUUUGCUCCAGACACCCGACAGGACCCUCAUCCCCGUCAUUCGCAGGAGAAAGAGAAGGAGAUAUCGCGGAAGGAGAUCGGGGUGCCUGAUAAGGAGCCGGCGACGAGUGGCUAAUCUGCCUUUGCAAUUGGUACUAUUGGCCAACGUAUAAUCAAUGGAUAAUAAAGUGGACGAACUAAAAGCACGUAUAUCCUACGAACGGGACAUUAAAAGCUGUAAUAUCUUAUGUUUCACCGAGUCAUGACUGAACAACGACAUGAAUAACAUACAGCUGGCGGGUUAUACACUGUAUCGGCAGGAUAGAACAGCAGCCUCUGGUAAGACAAGGGGUGGCGGUCUAUGUAUAUUUAUAAACAACAGCUGGUGCACGAUAUCUAAGGAAGUCUCAAGGUUUUGCCUGCCUGAGGUAGAGUAUCUCAUGAUAAGCUGUAGACCAUACUAUGUACCAAGAGAGUUUUCAUCUAUAUUCUUCGUAGCUGUUUAUUUACCACCACAAACCGAUGCUGGCACUAAGACCGCACUCAAUGAGCUGUAUUCGGCCAUAAGCAAAUAGGAAAACUCUAUUCCAGAGGCGCAGCUUCUAGUGGCCAGGGACUUUAAUGCAAAGAAACUUAAAUCCGUUUUACCUCAUUUCUAUUGGCAUGUUAAAUGUGCACCUAGAGGGAAAAAAACUCUAGACCACCUUUACUCAACACACAGAGACGCAUACAAAGCUCUUCCUCGCCCUCCAUUUGGCAAAUCUGACCAUAAUUCUAUCGUCCUGAUUCCUGCUUACAAGCAAAAACUAAAGCAGGAAGCACCAGUGACUCGGUCAAUAAAAAAGUGGUCAGAUGAAGCAGAUGCUAAGCUACAGCACUGUUAUGCUAGCACAGACUGGAAUAUGUUCCGGGAUUCUUCCGAUGGCAUUGAGGAGUACACCAUAUCAGUCACUGGCUUCAUCAAUAAGUGCAUCGAUGACGUCAUCCCCACAGUGACUGUACGUACAUACCCCAACCAGAAGCCAUGGAUUACAGGCAACAUCCGCACUGAGCUAAAGGGUAGAGCUGCCGCUUUCAAGGAGCGGGACUCUAACCCGGAAGCUUAUAAGAAAUCCCUCUAUGCCCUCUGACGAACCUUCAAACAGGCAAAGCUUCAAUACAGGACUAAGAUCGAAUCGAACUACACCGGCUCCGACGCUCAUCGGAUGUGGCAGGGCUUGCAAACUAUUACAGACUACAAAGGGAAGCACAGCCGUGAGCUGCCCAGUGACACGAGCCUACCAGACGAGCUAAAUUACUUCUAUGCUCGCUUCGAGGCAAGUAACACUGAAACAUGCAUGAGAGCAUCAGCUGUUCCGGACGACUGUGUGAUCACGCUCUCCGUAGCCGAUGUGAGUUAGACCUUUAAACAGGUCAACAUUCACAAGGCCGCAAGGCCAGACGGAUUACCAGGACGUGUAUUCCGAGCAUGCGCUGACCAACUGGCAAGUGUCUUCACUGACAUUUUCAACCUCUCCCUGUCUGAGUCUGUAAUACCAACAUGUUUCAAGCAUACCACAAUAGUCCCUGUGCCCAAGAACACUAAGGUAACCUGCCUAAAUGACUACCGACCCAUAGCACUCACGUCUGUAGCCAUGAAGUGCUUUGAAAGGCUGGUCAUGGCUCACAUCAACACCAUUAUCCCAGAAACCCUAGACCCACUCCAAUUUGCAUAUCGCCCCAACAGAUCCACAGAUGAUGCAAUCUCUAUUGCACUCCACACUGCCCUUUCACACCUGGACAAAAGGAACACCUAUGUGAGAAUGCUAUUCAUUGACUGCAGCUCAGCGUUCAACAUGAUAGUGCCCUCAAAGCUCAUCACCAAGCUAAGGACCCUGGGACUAAACACCUCCCUCUGCAACUGGAUCCUGGACUUCCUGACGUGCUGCCCCCAGGUGGUAAGGGUAGGUAACAACACAUCCGCCACGCUGAUCCUCAACACGGGGGCCCCUCAGGGGUGCUUGCCCAGUCCCCUCCUGUACUCCCUGUUCACUCAUGAUUGCAUGGCCAGGCACGACUCCAACACCAUCAUUAAGUUUGCCGAUGACGCAACAGUGGUAGGCCUGAUCACCGACAACGACGAGACAGCCUAUAGGUAGGAGGUCACAGACCUGGCCGUGUGGAGCCAGGACAACAACCUCUCCCUCAACGUGAUGAAGACAAAGGAGAUGAUGGUGGACUACAGGAAAAAGAAGAGGACCGAGCUCGCCCCCAUUCUCAUCGAUGGGGCUAUAGUGGAGCAGGUUGAGAGCUUCAAGUUCCUUGGUGUCCACAUCACCAGCAAACUAACACGGUCCAAGCACACCAAUACAGUCGUGAAGAAGGCACGACAAAACCUAUUCCCCCUCAGGAGACUGAAAAGAUUUGGCAUGGGUCCUCAGAUCCUCAAAAGGUUCUACAGCUGCACCAUCGAGAGCAUCCUGACUGGUUGCAUCACUGCCUGGUAUGGUAACUGCUCGGCCUCCGACCGCAAGGCACUACAGAGGGUAGUGCGUACGGCCCAGUACAUCACUGGGGCCAAGCUUCCUGCCAUCCAGGACCUCUACACCAGGCGGUGUCAGAGGAAGGCCCUAAAAAUGGUCAAAGACUCCAGCCACCCUAGACAUAGACAUUCUCUCUACUACCACACGGCAAGCGGUACCGGAGCGCCAAGUCUAGGUCCAAGAGGCUUCUAAACAGCUUCUACCCCCAAGCCAUAAGACUCCUGAACAGCUAAUCAAAUGGCUACACAGACUAGUCAUUCUCUUAUUGUAACUGCAGAAAAACUGCCAGAGUAAAAGUAAUAAAAUCUGUAUUUCAAAUAGACUGUAUCUCAAUGUUUACACUAUUUUGGUUAUUUAGUUCAGAAUUUGAUCUCUCUUGACUCCCCCUUACCCCAUCUUAAUCAAGGGUGUCUUUGCCAGUAAGGCCCUUCAUUGUCUGUUCUCACCCUGCCUCUCCCUUCUCCGCCACUCCCUCCCAGUCAUGCUGGUCUUCCAAGUCCUCCUUCCAUCCUAACCCCUCGUUAACUUAGCUAGCUAGCUAGAUUCAAUGCUCUUUGUUAAACUAAAGAUAACUUUUAUAUGUGGUUAAACUCUAGCUAGCUAACUAGCUAGCUGCUAGCUGAUGCUAACAUAUCUUGCCUAAUCAAUAGCCUGCUUUAAUAACAGAAGACCAAAUAACUAGCUACCUACUUCAAUUUCAAUAUUAAAAUCAUAGCUAGUUGACUAGUUGGUUGGCUAAAUUCUCUACUGAAAAACUAUAGAGCUUACAUUUUUAUCGUCAGCCAUCAUCCCUACUUCAUUACCAGCAUCACCUUGCUUUUCACCGUUACAAUCCGGUUUCCAUUAUAUAACACAGCCAAAACGUCAAAAUUGGCUGUACUGUAAAAAUUAAUGAAAACAAAAAUAUGCUUUUUGGUCUUAAUUUAAGUUUAGGAUUAGGCAUAAGGUUAGCAGUGUGUGGUUAACGUUAGGGUUAAGGUUAGGGUUAAGGUUAGGGUUAAGAUUAGGGUUAGGUUUAAAAUCACAUUUUAAAAAGAGAAAUAGUAGAAACAGGCGGGGUUUAGCCAUAAAAAUUAUGACUUUGUGGCUGUGUUAACUAGGGCUGUGGCGGUCAUGACAUUUUGUCAGCCGGUUAUUGUCAUGCAAAAGACUGCCGGUCUCACGGUAAUUGUCCGUUAAUUAACAUAAACAAGUUUAGCAUGUCCAGGCCUACACGCAUACAAGCAGCUGAUGAAAUGCUUAUAAAGUCCUGUGCCAUUAUUGUAUAUUAUAUGAUUUUAUAGUAAGAAGAAUAUAAUUGAACCUAGCUCAAUAAAAUAGAAAGCAUAUUUGUCCCAUUCCGGAGCAAGUGCACAUAUGAAGUGGCUAUGUUGAGCGUAAAAGUGAUCAUUUGAAACAGGUCCUAUACGCUAGAUUUAGAAUUAUUUGGCAACUUUAGUUGUGAAGGAUACAAACCUUAGAAUGUCUUAGAAAUCAAAACAUAUAUGGGCUGCAUGAUGCGACUAUAGGCUAUUGAUGAUUCGCAAAAAAAAGCUUGCGCUCUGUUCCUUGCCUCAGGCUGCACAGAUGUUCUCUCAUCGAGUGAUCAUAUUUUCACCCAUCAGACUAUUCUCAAUUUAAUCUCGUCUUUACUGUAAAAUUAGUUUAGAUUUAGAAUGGCCCAUUAUCAAAUGGGCAGGGGCAGGGGCAGGGGGAAAAAGACAUGUCAUCCGUAUGCUAUCGAAUAGCUAAAUGGAGGCCACACGCUUUCCCGCCAGGUCUGUUUUUCAAUGAUGCCGGGUAGGCUACUUGGAGCUGUGCUUAAUAUGAGCAGCUGAGAAAUAAAUAUAAGAACACUCAUUUCACUCCACGCAUCAACCACUGUUUGAGGAGCAUUUUCCCCCCCAAUUUCGUGAUAUCCAAUUGGUAGUUACGAUCUUGUCUCAUCGCUGCAACUCCCCAACGUGCUCGGUCAAGACAUGCGUCCUCCAAAACAUGACCAAGCUGUGCUGCUUCUUAACACACUGCUCACUUAGCCCGGAAGCCAGCCGCACCAAUGUGUCAGAGGAAUAACACUGUUCGACAGACAACCAAAGUCAGCUUGCAGGUGCCCAGGCCCACCAAAAGGAGUCGCUAGAGCGCGAUGAGCCAAGGAAAGCCCCACGGCCAAACCCUCCCCUAACCCGGAUGGCGCUGGGCCAAUUGUGCACCCGGUCACGGCCGGCUGUGACACACCCCAGGCUGUAGUGGCACCUCAGCACUGUGAUGCAGUGUCUUAGACCGCUGCACCACUCGGGAGGCCCCAUAUUCCGCUCAAACUCUGUAUGCCACGGGCUCUCCAACUCUGUUCCUGCAGCUACGGAGUGCUUAAUUUGGGAAACCAAGUGAAAUAUGUUUGGGAACAUCGAUAGUGACAUUUUUUCGCAAAAACAAAAAAUAUUUAUCUAAACUGUUUAUAGUCCCUCUGCGCGCUCAAGAAAGGAAUAAAGGAGAGAGAGGAGGAGAUGGAAACGCAUGGUGCUGAGAUAUUCUGUAUAGCUAAAGGUAAUGUGUCACCCAAUAAAUUAUACAAAUAUAAAAAGAAUCCCUAUUACUAGGCUAUUCAAAAUCAAAUACAAAUGCACUAUAAUUGUAGGCCAACUGUAAGCCGCCCUGCACAAUCAAUGAACCAACAGCAUCGCCUAGGGCUAUACGUUCUCUCCCAGACUCGUGGAUAGACAUUUUGAAGCGUAGCAUACAUAAGGUAACCAGUCCAUCCAGUAUGCAUAAUAAUACAGUUGUGGUCAAAAGUUUUGAGAGUGACACAAAUAUUAAUUUUCACAAAGUCUGCUGCCUCAGUUUUUAUGAUGGCAAUUUGCAUAUACUCCAGAAUGGUAUGAAGAGUGAUCAGAUGAAUUGCAAUUAAUUGCAAAGUCCCUCUUUGCCAUGAAAAUGAACUUAAUCCCAAAAAAACAUUUCCACUGCGUUUCAGCACUGCCACAAAAGGACCAGCUGACAUCAUGUCAGUGAUUCUCUCGUUAACACAGGUGAGAGUGUUGACCAGGACAAGGCUGGAGAUCACUCUGUCAUGCUGAUUGAGUUAGAAUAAAAGGUGAGCGCUACCGUCAGUCCUCUGUCAUGCCAACAGUAAAGCAUCCUGAGACCAUUCAUGUGUGGAGUUGCUUCUCAGCCAAGGGAGUGGGCUCAUUCAUAAUUUUGCCUAAGAACACAGCCAUGAAUAAAGAAUGGUACCAACACAUCCUCCGAAAGCAACUUCUCCCAACCAUCCAAGAACAGUUUGGUGACGAACAAUGCCUUUUCCAGCAUGAUGGAGCACAUUGCCAUAAGGCAAAAGUGAUAACUAAGUGGCUCGGGGAACAAAACAUCGACAUUUUGGGUGCAUGGCCAGGAAACUCCCCAGACCUUAAUCCCAUUGAGAACUUGUGGUCAAUCCUCAAGAGGUGGGUGGACAAACAAAAACCCACAAAUUCAGACAAACUCCAAUCAUUGAUUAUGCAAGAAUGGGCUGCCAUCAGUCAGGAUGUGGCCCAGAAGUUAAUUGACAGCAUGCCAGGGCAGAUUGCAGAGUUCUUGAAAAAGAAGGGUCAACACUGCAAAUAUUGACUCUUUGCAUAAACUUAAUGUAAUUGUCAAUAAAAGCCUGUGACACUUAUGGAAUGCUUGUAAUUAUACUUCAGUAUACCAUAGUAACAUCUGACAAAAAUAUCUAAAAACACUGAAGCAGCAAACUUUGUGAAGACCAAUACUUGUGUCAUUCUCAAAACUUUUGACCACGACUGUACAGUUCACACUCAAAGUUGAUUACUCAAAUUUGUUUAAUUUUGGAGUAUAGGCUAGACCAAUUAUGUACCAAAGUAAAUAAUAAUAUGCCAUUUAGCAGAUGCUUUUAUCCAAAGCGACUUACAGUCAUGCGUGCAUACAUUUUUUUUUUUGUGUAUGGGUGGUCCCGGGGAUCGAACCCACUACCUUGGCAUUACAAGCGCCGUGCUCUACCAGCUGAGCUACAGAGGACCACUUUAUGUUUUUCUGCCAUGUGUAAUAUGUAAUAUGAGGUAGGCUAUGUAUUGUAUAACAGCACAAUCAUAAUUGGGCUCAUAAGCCUAUGCAUAUGUAUAAGCUCUAAUAUGUGUAUUGUGUUUUGAAUUAAUCAUCACCUUAGAAAGUGCUUUCCAUUUCAUUGUAUCAGGCUUUGAAACAACAUCCACAAUGAUGAUGCUUUACACUCAGUUUCAACCUGCUGUUGAACUUCUUUCUUCAAAUUGAUCAUAACAGCGAGGUGAGUUUUAAAAUUAUGAUACUGUUUUAAUGAUAAGUGUUUGAUGUGAUUUUUGAUUGCAUUUGCAUUGAUGUCAGAGUGGUUAGAGGGACAAUAGAGCCCUGAGUACCAGGUCAUUAGGACCUGGUGGUUGUUAGCAAGUUGGGUACUACCAAAGCAUGUCCAGAGUGCAUAAGAAGAGAUUACCAUUGUCACAUGGAAUUUUACUGCGGUCAUGACUCCGCAGUCACCACAACAGCCCUAGUAUUAACAAGUGACGACCAUGUUCAUUGGCUAGAAUUUUCACCUGUAAUAAAAUUAUAGUAAAAGAUUGCAGUUACGAGAGCACGAUUGUGUGAGAGGAGAAAUCCAUGUGGGGAUGCGUGUAUUUGUAACAUCUGAGUCUUGACAUGUAGUAAGUAUCACUGCAAAACAAAACAAAAAUCUCUGCUCUUGAAUUAAUAUUUUGCGUGCAGCAAUAAUGUGCUCGCGGGACCUAUCCUCUGCUCGCUUGACCACAUUCUGCGCUCUCGACUGGUCUGUGCGCUCGCUGCACUCAUCCUCUCCGGACCCAUCCUCUGCGCUCUCGACUCAGUGUUUGCUUGCUCAAUGAUGUUUCACCUUGACAGUGCCAUCUUGCGCGCAAUGGACUUUAGAGGCUUAAUUUGACGCCACAGCGUGCAAGUGUACAUACUUUAUACACUGUACACAGUUUCCCCCAGGAGCUCUCCAUGUGUCACAUUGCCUUCCCCUUAUUUCCUCCUCUCUCUCUCCCUCUGUGUGACAUACAGGAGUAAGAGGCACAAGUCGGGCUCCAUGGAGGAUGAUGUGGACACCAGUCCUGGGGGAGAGUACUACACCUCUCCCAACUCCCCGGCUAGCAGCUCCCGCAACUGGCAGGAGGACCUGGAAGGAGGUGAGUAUCCCCUCUGGUCUUCCACACAAUCUCUUAGAUAUUGUAUAGUUUUGUUCAAGGACAGUGCUUAUUGCUCAUCAGUUAGUACAAACACAUUCUGUCAUGCUGAGGACACUGGCUAUCCUCCAACUCAUCAGUAAUAACAAAGGGUGACUGAGUUCUGGUGUCCAUCUUAAAUGUUCUUUAUUACGGGUAUCAAGAAACAUCCAUACCUUUCAUAAUCACCAUGGGGAAACAGCUGAAAUAUCAGGCCAUACUUUCACUUCAAGUACCUUGAAAUCCACUGACACAGUGCAAAAGAGCAAAUGACAAAUAUAUCAUGUUAUAAACUGCCGCACAGAUAGCCUUGGCUGCAAAAUACGCGGCUUCAAAUUUCCCAAAUUGAGCCUGAAGUCGUAAUUAAUUCAUGAACCAACACUUUUUGUGAAAGUCAACAAAAAACCAAGUGGCCCAGGGUACCUUGGAGCAGUAUCCACAGAUGCAACGUCGCAGUAGCUACGUUCUUGCUUUCCUCACAUCUCAGGCUCACAUACCAGUUUACUAGUAUGGAAUGAUUUUCCUAACAAAGAUAUCUAGCAAACAGCAAAGCUACUAUGGAUCUCUCAUCUAGAUACAAACAAUUGUUUCAAGAUGAUUGUAUAAAGCAGUAUUUUAAAUAUUGAAAUGGCAAUAUGCUAUUCACUUUGUGUAUUGUACAGUAUGGCCGUCCUCCCCCACCAGCACUGACCUGGUUCUGGUAAAAAGAGGAUGAGUAGGUUGCAGCAUGCACACUGUGGUCCAGUGGUUGAGUGAGUGAGUGUGGGAGAGAGCAAGUGGUCAGGUAGUAGGUGUGCUGAGGGAGUGGGGCCUGCCUGGUAAGUGAACUACACGUAUGGGAGCAUCAUGUGUAUGAGCCACGAGGCGGUUCUCCAACCAUGGGUUAGCAGCAGAAAGUGGGAAGAGGAUCACCAUCUUUACCUGAGUAUUUAACACACACACAUAAAACAUUUUAAAACAAUGUGUGUUUGUGCUAUUAGGGGAGUUUAUAGGCCUCCCAUAUGAUCUAAUGCUGCGAGGUGAUGCUGUUUAAUUGCGGUGGACUCUCCACAGUCCAGUAAUAGAGUGUCCAGUGGCCUGUUAAGGGGCCUGGUGGCGUUUCUGGGGCUUUGUGGUGCUGUUAGCCAGAGUGGCCCUGGCUGGGCCCUGGGCCCCAGGAGCACCCCAGGCUGCUGAUGCUGUAACCAGAGCUGUGGAGGUCAGAAGAGCAGAGCCGGUCCCUCCCCCCCAGCCCCAGCCCCAGCCCCAGCCCCAGCCCCAGCCCCAGCCCCAGCCCCAUCACAGGCCCUGUAGGAGUCUGGUCCAGCCCUCCUCGUGUCGUGCUCUUUCUCUUCCUGUCUAGACAGCCCUAACAAGCUCCUCUUUAUGGGUGGCAGGUACCCUCGAGGUUAGAGCCUUGGGACAGUAACCAAAACGUUGCUGGUUCGAAUACCGGAGUUGACAAGGUGAAAAAAAUAUGUUGCUGUGCCCUUGAGCAAGGCACUUAACGCAAAUUGCUCCAGGGGCACUGUACAAUUGUGACCCUGCGGGUGUCUCAGGGGGGGUUUUGGUAUGUAAAAAAAAACACAUUUCCAUUACACACGUGUGUCACAGGACAAAUAUAAGCACCACCCAAAUUAUUAUUAUUUAACAACCCCAUCUGAUUGCUCUGAGAUGGUGGGGGGGAUACUGUGUCAAAGGGGAAUGUAUGUGCACCUCCCCAGGUAGAGGUGGUCAGGGGAAGCUUGUGUCAGUCUGCAGCAUGGGGAUUGGAUUGGGAAGGUAAAGCCUGGCCUCUUGUAGAGCUGUGGUUUGACCCCUGGCUCAGGACAGCAGCACUACCAACUACUCUGGAGACUUUCUUACAAAAUAUAUACAUUUUCAAGAAAUUGUAAUGUAAAUAUAAUGUGUGAAAUACAGUAGGUAGAUGUGUGGGUUGGCCUGGACCCCUGAAGACUGAGCUGAGAGAUCAGUCAGACUAGUGUGAUCAGGUAAUUAGCGUCAGUGCUGUAAUGGCUGCCCCUGCCUAGCCCCCAGCACUAAGCCGGACGUGCGUGUUUAUUCUCUGAGCAAGUCUCUUGUUGAACCUCAGCUGCACCCCUGCCCUCUGACAUUCCCGAAAAUAUGUGAUUUACUCGCUCACUCUGCUCUGAGACAGAGGGCUAGGGGCGGAUGGCUGGGGCAGAACAGGGGAAGAGGAAGCUGUCAGAUAAGCCUCUCUCUCUCUUUCUGUUUUUCUCCCUCCCCCUCUCUUUCUCUCUCUCUCUCUCUCUCUCUCUCUCUCUCUCUCUCUCUCUCUCUCUCUCUCUCUCUCUCUCUCUCUCUCUCUCUUUCUCUCUCACUCUCUCAGAAAACUAUUAGAGAGGGGCAUAACUGUAUAAUGUGUGAGAGCGAAACCUCAAAGUCAUCACUCCAUGACUGACAGACUGUUUCUGCCUCUGCACAGUAUCACAGCAACAACGUGUACACUGUCUGCUCUGCAACUCCAAAGAAGGAAACAAAGAAAGAGCUGUGCAGUCUUAAUAGCCUGAUCUAAAACAGGCCCGAGCUGGGUGGAGAAAGUGUUCCUAACACACAUUCUGUUAUCAACAAGUGUGCGAUAGCAAACUAAACAUGGAGGAGUAGGACUAGGAGCGUUGCACCCUGCCAGUAAUAUCGCUGCAACAGAGACACACAUUUGUUUAGCACAUGUAAGCAACUCUGGUAUCAGGCAUUGCAGGCCUCUUGGUCUACCUAGGUGAACCUGAUUUUGGGUAGAUCUGACCAAAACAUAAUAUUGUUUCUGAUCCUAUUGUUUAGUCUCAAUGAGGAAGUUAGUUUGGAGCUCAUGUGCUUUACUGCAUCGUACUGCAGCACUGAUGAUGACUGACUGGGUCAUCUCAAUGCACCCUGCCACCCUGUGGUGAGCUCCUGUAAUUACAACAGCCAUGUAGUAGCAGAUUGAACUGGGCAAUGAAAUGUAGGGUCUUUUCAAUAUCCUCCUCCAGACAGUCAUUAUUAUUAUGGGAGUCGUAGUGGCGUCAGUAACACCCUCUAUGUAUCUCUGUCUCUGCAUCCAGGUAUGUCUCCUGGAGUAAAGAAGACAGAGAUGGACAGCCCGUCUCCUCAGGAGAGCUCCCCACGCCUCGGCUUCACACAGCACCACCGGCCCGUCAUCGCAGUGCACAGUGGUCAGUACACACCGUUUUAUGCAUAUCACACACCUACACACAUUUACAGGCGACGUCUUGUGACUGUUUCCACAAUCCACCACCCCUGACGUGCGUACGUCUCCUAGGAUGUGAAUUGUGAAAAAUAAUGCAGUCUGAAAAGAGAAAAGAUAUGUUUCAUACAUCAGAAAAUACAUGUUUCAUACAUCAGAAAAUACAUGCUUCAUACAUCAGAAAAUACAUGUUUCAUACAUCAGAAAAGACAUGUUUCAUACAUCAGAAAAUACAUGCUUCAUACAUCAGAAAAUACAUGCUUUAUACAUCAGAAAAUACAUGUUUCAUACAUCAGAAAAUACAUGCUUCAUACGUCAGACAAUACAUGUUUCAUACAUCAGAAAAUCUACCCUUCUUCAGAGAGAUAUUGUGUCUAAAAGGUUGCACAUUUGAUGUCUGUCUGUUGAGGUAAUCCUGAUAUAGGCUCUGACUGCAGGCAUUAUGCUUUCAACAAGACAAGCUUCCUUUUAGACAAUGCAUUAUUUUAGGUUUUUAAUUGAACUGCCCGUUAACACUUUCUGACAGAUAAUUGUUUGUGGAGAUAAUGAAGAGUAAUCUAUGAGCAGGUAGCGUUCCCCAGCCAAACGUCUGCUGGAUGAUGCAUUAACAAUUAAAGCCACUGUUAAAACGAAUUGGCCGUGCAUCACCAUAUGUCAGCUAUGUUAGCGUGUGGUCCUGAUAAAUAAUAGUUCCCAUACUAAAUGUCAUAAACAAACUCACGCAACAGAGACUGUACCAAUGGAGGGUCGGAAAGACUGAGUCGUUUCCUUAUAUCUUUUUUUUUUCUUUUUUCUCAUGAAUACUGGUUAUAUUAAAGUCACUGACUGUAGAGAAUGGCACUCAAAUGGAAUGAUUAUUUUGUUUUUGCAGAAGCACACAUCUUUCAAUGUCACUUAUCUUAUCUCAAUCAUACCAUCAUUGUGGACCAUGACAAAGUACAUUUAUUUACAUAUGUUUUCUCUCUGUCCCUCUAUGUCUCUCUCUCUCUGUCUUUCUUCCUCUCUCUCCCUCUCUUUUCUCUCUCUCCCUCUCUCUCUUUCUCUCUCUGUGCAGGGAUCUCUCGGAGUCCGCACCCCUCCUCGUCUUUGCACUUCCCCACCACCUCCAUCCUGCCCCAGUCCACUUCCUACUUCCCCCACACUGCCAUCCGCUACCCGCCACACCUAAGCUCCCAAGACCCGCUGAAGGACCUGGUCUCCCUGGCCUGUGACCCGUCCAACCAGCAGCCCAGCCCAGUGAGUCCAGCCCAUCUAACAACUCUAACUAGGGCCCAGAGUUUGUCCUGGUCAGGUCAUGUGGUCAGUAAAACUUCUGACCCCUACUCAUUACUCAUACUAGAUAGGAACCCAGUAGAGAGAGUUGGCCUCCAAUUAACCAUGUUGUAUGUGUUCAUCUAGCAGAACCUGUAGUAUGACAUCAUUUUUGGGCCAUGAUUUCAUGGCAAGCCCUUAAGUUUGAGGUAAUGUUAAUGUAAGUUCACUCACUCAGAGAGAAUGUAUUAUACGUUUGAGUGGUUUAUUCAGAGAACUGUGUUAUUUCCAUUUGUUGCUUAGAUUAAUUUGUUUAUUUGUUUAUAUAUUUGUUUAUUUGGAUCCCCAUUAGCUUUUGCAGAGGCAGCAGCUAUUAUAGAUUCACCUAAUCGUUUGUUUGAUAUUGAAUUCCUUCAUGCUUCAUGUUUCUUAUGUCGUCACCCUGUGUCAGAUGGCCUGUAGACUGUAUGAAAUGCCAUUUCAUUGCCAUAUUCUCCCCCACCGUGGUCUUUACUAGUGGGCUGGGGAUACUCUACUGUAGGUGACGUAACCUGAGAGAGUGGCAGCAACCCACAGCCAUGUAGGAACAUUAUCAGGUUUCCCUCACGUAGCUGUUACUCUUCCUCCCCUCUGCUCCAGACUGCAGAAUGGAGCCACCACAACCUUGCGUGACUCUCAGAAUGAUUAACACUCCCUGAAGGUGGCAAUAAUUCAAUAGAUCUGUAGCCAUACAAUCAUUGUAAUAACUGCAUGUGUUUAGCCAACUUCUUAGAUUAUUAUGGUUGUUCAAUGGAUUGGCUGUCUGGUAGUGCAGUAGUGGUGAAUCCCCCGUCACAGAGAGGACAAUAAGCCAUCAGACUUCCUGCUCUGUUUAGACUCAGCCUGCUAGCCCUGCUGGCCCUGGGACGAGACCAGCUCCUCAGACAUGGUUACACUCAUUACCAAUAUGUGACACAGACCUGAGAGGACCUGCCACUGCACCACAUGCAAAUGACCCCUCCUCCCUGCUUUAAUUAGGCCGGCAUUAUAAGCCAGGUUGCUCAAUGAGGCUGCUGUGCUGUUUCUGUAUUGACUUGAAAGGGGUGUAGGGCUGGAGGGAAGGGCUGGGGGGGGCAUUAGAGGAAUGAACCUGAAGGAGAUUCCCGUACGUCUCUGGCAGUGAUGCUGAUGUUGGCAGAGUGCAGAAGUCUGGCACAGGCAGGCAGGCAGGCAGCUCACAGAGGAGAGAGGAGAGGAUAGACAUUUACUUGUAUCAGAAGUACCCCCCAGCAGCAGCCACGCUGGGCUCCACUCAGCCAAGUUUCUGCAGAGUCAUUGAAAUUCCCCCUGCUGCAGUGCAACAGCAGCCAGGCAGUCACAAAGGACGAGCGCAUGGCACCACAAUAUAGCUGACUCAUUUGCUCAUCCAUUGUUGUGGAGGACAGUGAAUGUGCAGUCCUCUCCUCUGGAGAGGGGAGAGUAUCUAGAAGCCAUGCCAGCCAUAGGAAGAGCAGCCAUGGAUGGAGGGGUGGAUGGAUGACUAGCUGAGCAGUGUAGUGCCCUGGACAUUACUCUCUCUCCCUCCUCUCUCCCUCCCUAACUCACACAUACACACACACACCAGUGGAGGCUGCUGAGGGGAGAACGUCUCAUAAUAAUGUCCGGAACGGAGCAAAUGGAAUGGCAUCAAACACCUGGAAACCAUGUGUUUGAUGUAUUUGAUACCAUUCCACUGAUUCCGGUCCAGUCUAUACCACACACCCGUUCUCCCCAAUUAAGGUGCCACCAACCUCCUGUGACACACACACUCACUCACACACACAAGUGCUGAUGGAAAGGGAAAGCAUGUGUAUGUGAGAGAGAGGGUGAGAAAUAGUUUAAGAGCGACAGGGCCAGUGCAGUGGCAUGUAGUAUUAUAUAUACCAUCUGUGCUACAGCAGUGAUGCUCCCCUCCACUCCCCGCCCUGCCCCUCCCAUCUCCUCCCCCCUCCCCUCCCCUCCUCCUCCUCACUCCCCCACAGCUGACGUGUUCCCUCCUCUCUCCCUUCACAGCUGACGUGUUCCCUCCUCUCUCCCUUCACAGCUAACGUGUUCCCUCCUCUCUCCCUUCACAGCUGAAGUGUUCCCUCCUCUCUCCCUUCACAGCUGACGUGUUCCCUCCUCUCUCCCUUCACAGCUGACGUGUUCCCUCCUCUCUCCCUUCACAGCUGACGUGUUCCCUCCUCUCUCCCUUCACAGCUAACGUGUUCCCUCCUCUCUCCCUUCACAGCUGACGUGUUCCCUCCUCUCUCCCUUCACAGCUGAUGUGUUCCCUCCUCUCUCCCUUCACAGCUGAAUGGCAGUGGUCAAGUGAAGUUGCCCAGUCACUACAUCUCCUCCCAGAUGCUGGCGCCCCCUCCGCCCCCCGGGAUGCCCCGUUUGACGCUGCCCUCCGACUCCAAGUCCAGCACCACCACCUCGGACGGGGGAGCCAACUCCCCCACGUCACCCAGUAAGUGGGCCGUUGGUGAGCCUGCUAAUCCCAGCCUCUAGGUCUUCAGUGACAAUAGUUUUGUGUGUGUGUGUAUAGGGUUGUUAUACAGAGAAUGACUCAUUUGAUUGGAUGAUUAAUGUCAUUUUCUAAAACCUGUGCCCUCAACCCAUCACACUUAUGUGGUGGAUAUGAUUAUAAAAAACAAAGCAAAAAUGAUUCAGCACCUGAAGGGUGAAGCUAUUUUCUCUCAAUCCUUUAUGAGAGAGAGAGAGAAAGCAUUCAGGUGUUGCAGACUUGCAAUACAAUUCCUACUCCCACCGCCAUUAAUCAUGAUAAUCUAAUUAAGAGACACACAGGACAGAUCAAUAUGCUUACCUACUGCCGUGAGGACACUGUAACAAUACCAAUAAAUCCUCAUGUGGGAUUUUGAUUGAAAUCUCUGCAAGGUCCUCCACCACGUCAACUUCCAUUAGUGAUCCAUUCAGUCAAUCAGUAUUGGAAAGUUACAGUACAAAGUUUGUUGGAUGCUGACAUAAAUGAACAGUUCUUAACUGUCAAUAGAUCAAUUUGUCAAUAACCAGAAGAUGACUGUCACUGUCUAAUUGAUGUAAAAGUGCAGACCUUGUGUCCUCACUGUUCUUACUGCCCUUGCUGUUAGCUAUCUUACUAUGUUUGAUUACAUUCUACAACGUGACCAAGAUACGUUAUGAUCAAAAUCAGUUCUGAUAUAUGCUCUGAGGUCUUGUUUUGCUGCCAAGUAUUUCCAAGUCAUGCAUAUUCCAGAUUAAGAUGACAAUUUCAGUUAGUGUCUAUAAGCAAACUCUGCCUGUCUGCAAACAUACCGAGGCAGGCGAAUUCCCUUGAAAUAACUGUGUGCACGACACAUCUGCCAUUCUUAAUGCCUACCCUGGUUUACAUAACAAGCCAUUAAGUUCUAAGUGUCCUCUCUCUCUCUCUCUCUCUCUCUCUCUCUCUCUCUCUCUCUCUCUCUCUCUCUCUCUCUCUCUCUCUCUCUCUCUCUCUCUCUCUCUCUCUCUCUCUCUCUGUCUCAGCAUACUCAGCUCCAGGGACGCCCCCUGCCAGUCGCUCCUUUGUAGGGAUUGGACCUCGAGACCCUGGCGGACUCUACCAGGCACAGGUACACAGCUAACUUUACUGGAGAAAAGCAACUUUGAUUUCUCUGUUGUCUGUUACACACUUGUUGAUCUAUAUACUCAUUUGAAUAUUCCUUAUCACUAUGAUUUAAGGAAGUUGCUGAUGUCAUACAUACCAAAGGCCUCUACUCAUGGUGCUCUUGGCAGCUCAGAGAUGUAAACUCUCUCACCCCCCUGACUCUGUUCCACUCUCUGAUAUCAAAGCCAUAUGUCUAUGUUCAAUUAUAGAUCUAAGGGCAUUAGCUAGGAUCUGCCUCAGGGUCUGAAUGUUCACAGCCAGCCCAGGACCCUUUUGAUGUAACAGGGCUUUUCCCUGUAUGUGAGAGAUUCACAUGGCUGAAAACAUUUCUCUCUUCUUCAAGUUUACAUGUAGAAAUGUAGUUAUUCACUGUUAACACCCAUGGCUUUCUCUUCCAUUUAGGGAUAGAUGAGGCUUGAAUUGGGAAAACUUUCAAUGUUGAAGUUGGUCUCACUGUUUUUGUAUUUUGUAAGACUAAAAUACCAACUAAACACAGUACCUCUAUAUGUGGCUGCAGAGCUGAGGCAUUUGGGGCUUGCUGCUGCAUUGCAGUGCUCCCUGCUCCAUAAAAAGUGCAAGUGCACCUCAGUGAGGCGUGUGAUGCUGUAAAGUGAGAGAGGGAGAGAAUGAGAGAGAAAGAGACUGCUGAGCUAGGAGAGGUGUGUUUGGGCACGUGCCUGCCUGCCUGCGCGUGUGUGUUUAGGAAUGUAACUUGAGAGGUGAAUUAGAUCUGAAGCAAAAUGGCAGAGUCAGCAAAUCUGGCAAGUAGAAACAUGAAAGAACACAGGGAUCCUGCACAUGCAAUAAUAACAAUACAAAACAAUAAGACAGGGACAAUGCUACACCCCAGGUUACAUUUUAUUUUGUUGUAACCCAACUAGGGUUGCAAAGGAAGGGUAUAUUACUGGACAUUUUCGAAGUUUACCAGUAAACUACCAUCAUUUUGGUAACUUUCAAGGAUGUUAUGUAAUUUAUCACAAGACAUCUAGUGGCCCUUUUGGGUACUUCACAUUAUCACAGGUGUCUGUAAUUAUCUCUGGCCCUCUGUGUGGCCUUAUCACAUGUAAAAUAUAUAAAAUAAUACAAUAAUAUGAUUUUAAAAUAAACAGUAGAAUGACAAAGCUGUAAAACAUUGUCCUAAAUAUAAACCAUCAUCUUAGUGAAUACCAUUGGUGUUUAAUAUAAGGGUUUCAAUAUGAAAUAUAUUUAAUAUUUUUUUUACACACUUUUAUUUAUUUUACUAUAUCAAUAUGUCUUUGUUGUAAAUGUUUUGGCGCCAAACUGGUGGCGGUUGUGAAAAAGGUCAAUAGUUGGAAGAAUUGCAGUUAACGGAGGGGAGGGGAGGGGAGGGGAGGGGAGGGGAUGGAGGGGCCUUAUGAGCCUGCUCCAGGAUGGUCACGUCCAGGGCUGUCUGGUUGCUAAGGGAAACCAGACAUGAUGUAAUUGCAGGAUGAACUUGGACUUCUGGGAGGGGAAAAUAAACUAAAUCAAGCCUAUUCAGCUCGAGUCAUUCCUCUAGCGGUCUGUCCACUGCGCAAAAAAGCUGGGAUUGAUUGCUCAGGCCUAGAUUGAAAACCUGCCUCGGUGCAUGCAGUGUGUACUGUGUAGUGUGUGUGUGUGUGUGUGUGUGUGUGUAUAUGUGUGUGUGUCUGUCACUAUUGUUUACAUUUUAAUUAUCUCAUCAUUUUCUUUUGGAUAGCAGUACGGUGUAUUUUUGUUUUCUGAAAAAUACAACUUCAUAAUGCCUGAAAGGCAGCACAGUAAUAGAAUAAUAUACACAGAGUGUAGAAAACAUUAGGAACCUUCCUAAUAUUGAGUUGCACCCCCCUUUUGCCCUCAGAACAGCCUCUAUUUGGUCAGGACAUGGAAUCUACAAUGCUUCCCACAGUUGUGUCAAGUUGGCUGGAUGUCCUUUGGGUGGUGGACCAUUAUUGAUACACACGGGAAACUGUUGAGCAUGAAAAACCCAACUGCGUUGCAGUUCUUGACACACACAAACCGGUGCGCCUGGCACCUACUACCACGUUCAAAGGCGCUUACAUUAAAUAUUUUGUCUUGCCCAUUCACCCUCUGAAUGGCACACAUACACAAUCCAUGUCUCAUAUGUCUCAAGCUUAAAGAUCCUUCUUUAACCUGUCUCCUCCCCUUCACCUACACUGAUUGAAGUGGAUUUAACAAGUGACAUCAAUAAGGGAUCAUAGCUUUCACCUGGUCAGUCUAUGUCAUGGAAAGAGCAGGUAUUCCUAAUGUUUUGUACACUCAGUGUAAGGCCAGUGAGUUCAGUACAAUAAUGAGCUGCAUUGAGGGGACAGCUGGUCAGCUCUCCUGCUACCCUCUGACUGUCCCAGCUCUGUAUUUUCAUAACUAUGCUUUCAUUUACAUUUUAGUCAUUUAGCAGACACUCUUAUCCAGAGCGACUUACAGGAGCAAUUAGGGUUAAGUGCCUUGCUCAAGGGCACAUCAACAGAUUUUUCACCUAGUUGGCUCAGGGAUUAGAACCAGCGACCUUUCGGUUACUGGCACUAUGCUCUUAACUACUAAGCUACCUGCCACCCAAAUAUUUACAUUUUAGUCAUUUAGCAGACGCUCUUAUCCAGAGUGACUUACAGUUAGUGAGUACAUACAUUUCCAUACUUUUUCAUACUGGCCCCCCGUGGAAAUCGAACCCACAACCCUGGCGUUGCAAACGCCAUGCUCUACCAACUGAGCUACACGUGACCCCAAUGGGCGAAACAUUUUGCAAGAAACAAAAUAUUGUUUUUGGGGUGAGACACUCACCACAGUUAACCUUUAUUGGCUGCGAUUGAUUGUCUUUCCCAUCACUAAAAUGUGCUUUUGGUUCCCCCGAAGCGUAAAUAAUAUGCAAAUAAUGAACUUCAUUAAGUAAGUUAUGCAACAAGAGUGCUGAAAGAAAAGGUGAACGCCUUUCCUAAGCAACAUAGAGAAAUUAUAAGACUACCUCUUUUUCUUAGCAGCAUAUUUGGAACCUGCUCCGUUCUCUAAAUGUAAUUCCUAUUUCCUCGUAAUUCACCAUUAAAUCAUAACACUUUAAGGGACAUAAAUGACUUUUACUUGAAACUACUUCAACUUUUUUUAUUCAUUUAUUUUUAUAUUAGUAAACAUACUCAUUGCCAUGUUACAUUGUUGAGAUUCAUCAUUCAUAUCACAGGCAAUUGGAUGAAUGUAUUUACCAUGAAUUGGUUGUGAAGAAACAAGUAGUAAAGGAGGAAGGGGAGGCUUCCCCCAAGAGGACAUAGAGUGAACUACCGCUUCAUUGAUGGCUCAACAUCCCCUCCCUUCACUGUUGUCCAAAGUUCAUUCAUAGUCAUCACAUGAAUUGUUACAAUGGGAGUCCUUGAAUAAUUGAGGGAUUUACUUUAUUUAUGUACUGUAGCCUCACACUAUUGACCAACUCACAUGAAGGUUUCACCUAAAUCUGGGCCUUUAUAAAGCACGUUCAUCACUGUUACAAUAUAUUUCUCAACAUGUAAAGAGAGAGAUGUGUUCUGUUUUGUGGAAGGAGUCUGAGUCCAGUGCAGAGAGGUCUGGUAAAGCUUAUGCUUAUUUGCAAAGAGAGAGCCCCAGGAGGUUGCCACAGAAAUGCCAAAAUGAGAGGGGGAAACUGAGAAUGUAAAUUGCCAGCCUCCACUGAGGCAAGUAUUGUGUUUCUAUAACGUAAACUCGAAAUAUAUUAAAUCAUGACUGGCUUCUUGAGAGCGGAGGUAGAUUGUAAAAUUAUGCCAGUAGUAGAAGGCUCAGGACACUGUGUUGAAUGUUGUGAAUUUGACGAGUGGCUGCAGUCAUUUUUCUGUCAAUGGCUAAGGUAUGGCGCCUGUAGCCUACAGUAUUGGCUAAGGUAUGGCGCCUGUAGCCUACAGUAUUGGCUAAGGUAUGGCGCCUGUAGCCUACAGUAUUGGCUAAGGUAUGGCGCCUGUAGCCUACAGUAUUGGCUAAGGUAUGGCGCCUGUAGCCUACAGUAUUGGCUAAAGGUAUGGCGCCUGUAGCCUACAGUAUUGGCUAAGGUAUGGCGCCUGUAGCCUACAGUAUUGGCUAAGGUAUGGCGCCUGUAGCCUACAGUAUUGGCUAAGGUAUGGCGCCUGUAGCCUACAGUAUUGGCUAAGGUAUGGCGCCUGUAGCCUACAGUAUUGGCUAAGGUAUGGCGCCUGUAGCCUACAGUAUUGGCUAAGGUAUGGCGCCUGUAGCCUACAGUAUUGGCUAAGGUAUGGCGCCUGUAGCCUACAGUAUUGGCUAAGGUAUGGCGCCUGUAGCCUACAGUAUUGGCAUUUACCCUCUGCACUCUUUAAGAGCUCUGCUGUAUGGACACAGGGAAGACAGCAGCCCCAGUCAUUACAGUAGGCUCUAUCCCCAUCGACUCAACAAGCAAGGGGCCCUCCAGAGUUCACUCCCCUGGCAGAGACCCUCAUCGCCCCCUGCUUUGACUGGCAACCUCCAUUGUGGCCUUUCCAAUGAGCCAGGCAAGUCCUCUGAAUUACAAUACUGCCUCUUUAAUGUGGCUUUGGCUUGGUUUCUCCCAACCCUGCUCAGCAGUUUGUUUCCAAACCCCAUUUCAACGUUUUUCCAAGAGUCUGUCCAUAGCUCCAUAGCUCACUCCUCAUUCCCCCAGAAUACAGUGAUAAGUAGGUACAAAUUUGUAAAUUUGUGAAUGAUGAAGCACAUCGAGGGUAUAAGCAUACCAGCAGGCUCGCUGCGGUGUGUGCAUGUAUGUGUUAUCAUCCAUGGUGUGUGUAUUUGUUCGUAGUGUGCUUGGAUGCGUAUGUAUGUGUGGUGUGUGUGUGUGGCCGUGCUUGUGCAUUUGUUUGUACCUUGUGAACAGCGGGCAGGCAGGAGUUAAGAGGCUGGAGCCAUGGACCAUAAGGUAUUUUACUCUGAGCAGUAAUGAGGAAUAGGCAAGAAGUUUCCUUUUUAAACUUUAUUAAAUCAGUACAAUUGGGUGUAGUUAAAGAGGUCUGUUUGAGGACUGUUAAAAUUACAUAAACAUUGGUGGAAAAUGAGGGUAUGGGUUGUGUUUUUUAAAAAUGUUUUCAGUUCUGUCUUUUUCUUUUCACGAUUUCAGUGGUCUGCAGGCGAAAGCCAAAGUCCUAUUAUGUUUUUUAAAAGGUUUGGGUGGAAUCCUGCUGGGAUCUCUCGCUGUAGCAGCUCUUUUACUCCACAUUAUUUAUAAUUGCUCCAUUUGGUUGGUCGUCCUGACUGGAACUGUUUGGGGCGCAUUAGUGGAGAAGACACUGAUUGCAGAACACUGAGAAAGUAAAGCACUGUGUCUGGAGUUGGCCACAAAACUACCCUGGUCAUGCAUUAAUCACAAUCACUGCUAUUCACAUGGUGUCUCAUACUGUACAGUAGGCCCAAAACAACACCGACAUGCGCCGUGCACGCACACACUUUCACACACAGGGUUUACAAAUACAUAAUAAUAUUCAACACACUGACAGGAACUCUUAAUGUCAACUGUUGAAGCAAAACAUAAUUAUUAUAAUAAUAAUAUGCCAUUUAGCAGACGCUUUUAUCCAAAGCGACUUACAGUCAUGCGUGCAUACAUUUUUGUGUAUGGGUGGUCCCGGGGAUCGAACCCACUACCUUGGCGUUACAAGCGCCGUGCUCUACCAGCUGAGCUACAGAGGACCACAUUAUAUUGUAUUUCUGCACUUGAUGUAGACAUAAAAGUUCAACUGUUUAUCAUACGACACAUAUACAGGUAACUGCCAAAAUAAAGGAAACACCAACAUAAAGUGUCUUAAUAGGACGUUAGGCCACCACGAGCGAGAACCGCUUCAAUGCACCUUGGCGUAGAUUCUACAAGUAUCUGGAACUCUACUGGAGGGAUGCGACACCAUUCUUCCACAAGAAAUUCCAUAAUUUCGUGUUUUGUUGAUAGUGGUGGAAAACGCUGUCUCAUGCGCCACUCCAGAAUCUCCCAUAAGUGUUCUGUUGGGUUGAGAUCUGGUGACUGAGAUGGCCAUGGCAUAUGGUUUACAUCGUUUUCAUGCUUAUCAAACAAUUCAGUGACCACUCGUGCCCAGGGCCGGAUUAAGAAAUCAUAGGCCCCAGGGCUUCGGUUUUUUUCUUCCCCUCGUGUCCACCAAGAUGCAAUUUGACGUGUGGUAAAUUUACUGUUGAAGAAAAAUACCCUUUAUAAUAAAGCCAUAAUAAUGUUGGCCAUGUGGCAUAGGCUACAGUUGAGCAGAAGCGUUUUUAGGAUUUCCACACAUGAGGAUUUGGUUUUAACAGGGUCUGGAAAAAUAUCAGCGUUUAAAAACAAAUUUCAUGCAACGCUACAUCAUUUACAUGACAGAAGACAUUAGCUGAAUCUUUUUUAAUACCACACAAAUGACUGAAAUGAGUGGCUACUCUGACACCGACAUACUGAGAUCAAUCUGGUCUUGAAUUCAAACAAACAAUAGCCUAGGCCAAUGAACCGACACACAGAUUGUACAAUAUUAGGAGACAAUAUAUAUAGAGUAUAUAUAUAUACAGUCAUGGCCAAAAUUGUUGGCACCCCUGAAAUUUUUCCAGAAAAUGAAGUAUUUCUCACAGAAAAGUAUUGAAAUUACACAUGUUUUGCUAUGCACAUGUUUAUUUCCUUUGUGUGUAUUGGAAUAACACAAAAAAAACAGGAAAAAAGCAAAUUUGACAUAAUUUCACACAAAACUCAAAAAAUGGGCCGGACAAAAUGAUUGGCACCCUUAACUUAAUAUUUAGUUGCACACCCUUUGGAAAAAAUAACUGAAAUCAGUCGCUUCCUAUAACCAUCAAUAAGCUUCUUACACCUCUCACCCGGAAUUUUGGACCACUCUUCUUUUGCAAACUGCUCCAGGUCUCUCAUAUUGGAUGGGUGCCUUUUCCCAACAGCAAUUUUAAGAUCUCUCCACAGGUGUUCAAUGGGAUUAAGAUCUGGACUCAUUGCUGGCCACUUCAGAACUCUCCAGCGCUUUGUUGCCAUCCAUUUCUGGGUGCUUUUUGAAGUAUGUUUGGGGUCAUUGUCCUGCUGGAAGACCCAUGAUCUCGGACGCAAACCCAGCUUUCUGACACUGGGCCCUACAUUGCGACCCAAAAUCCUUUGGUAAUCCUCAGAUUUCAUGAUGCCUUGCACACAGUCAAGGCACCCAGUGCCAGAGGCAGCAAAACAACCCCAAAACAUCUUUGAACCUCCACCAUAUUUGACUGUAGGUACUGUGUUCUUUUCUUUGAAGGCUUCAUUACAUUUUCGGUAAACAGUAGAACGAUGUGCUUUACCAAAAAGCUCUAUCUUGGUCUCAUCUGUCCAUAAGACGUUCUCCCAGAAGGAAUUUGGCUUACUCAUGUACAUUUUGGCAAACUGUAGUCUUGCUUUUUUAUGUCUCUGUGUCAGCAGUGGGGUCCUCCUGGGUCUCCUGCCAUAGCGUUUCAUUUCAUUCAAAUUUCGACGUAUAGUUCGCGCUGACACUGAUGCACCCUGAGCCUGCAGGACAGCUUGAAUUUCUUUGGAACUUGUUUGGGGCUGCUUAUCCACCAUCCGGACUAUCCUGCGUUGCAACCUUUCAUCAAUUUUUCUCUUCCGUCCACGUCCAGGGAGAUUAGCUACAGUGCCAUGGGUUGCAAACGUCUUGAUCAUGUUGCGCACUGUGGACAAAGGAACAUCUAGAUCUCUGGAGAUGGACUUGUAACCUUGAGAUUGUUGAUAUUUUUCCACAAUUUUGGUUCUCAAGUCCUCAGACAGUUCUCUUUUCCUCUUUCUGUUCUCCAUGCUUAGUGUGGCACACACAGAAACACAAUGCAAAGACUGAGUCAACUUCUCUCCUUUUUAUCUGCUUUCAGGUGUGAUUUUUAGAUUGCCCACACCUGUUACUUGCCCCAGGUGAGUUUAAAGGAGCAUCACAUGCUUGGAACAAACUUAUUUAUCCACAAUUUUGAAAGGGUGCCAAUAACUUUGUCCGGCCCAUUUUUUUAGUUUUGUGUGAAAUUAUGUCAAAUUUGCUUUUUUCCUGUUUAUCAUAGGCUACAGUAGGCUACUAAAUACAAUAUCCAGUGGCACACUGACUCACCUAAUGAUGAAGAUGAUGUCAUAGGCUACUCACGGUGAUGGCCAAUGCCCUCGUCUUGGCAAUAGCCUAUCUCAAGAUGAGCUACUUUCAAAAACAGUGCUGCUGUUAGCUACAAAUUGGGAGUUGUUGAGAAAGAUUUUUUACAUUGGUUCUACAGACAUAUUAGUCUUCUCUUUUCAGCAGUAGGCAUUUGCUUUCCAGACUGUACGUUUUUCCCACGAUUGUAUUUUGAAAUCUGCGAAAGGCAAACCGACAGCCGCAACCAACCAUAGAAAUAUACAGUGGCUUGCGAAAGUAUUCACCCCCCUUGGCAAAAUAGAUUUUUGGGGGAUUUGUAUCAUUUGAUUUACACAACAUGCCUACCACUUUGAAGAUGCAACAUAUUUUUUCUUGUGAAACAAACAAGAAAUAAGACCAAAAAAAUACAGAAAACUUGUACAUAACUAUUCACCCCCCCCCCCCCCCCCCCCCACCCCCCAAAGUCAAUACUUUGUAGAGCCACCUUUUGCAGCAAUUUCAGCUGCAAGUCUCUUGGGGUAUGUCUCUAUAAGCUUGGCACAUCUAGCCACAGGGAUUUUUGCCCAUUCUUCAAGGCAAAACUGCUCCAGCUCCUUCAAGUUGGAUGGGUUCCGCUGGUGUACAGCAAUCUUUAAGUCAUACCACAGAUUCUCAAUUUCCCCUUAAACCACUUGAGUGUUGCUUUAGCAGGGUCAUUGUCCUGCUGGAAGGUGAACCUCCGUCCCAGUCUCAAAUCUCUGGAAGACUGAAACAGGUUUCCCUCAAGAAUUUCCCUGUAUUUAGCGCCAUCCAUCAUUCCUUCAAUUCUGACCAGUUUCCCAGUCCCUGCCGAUGGAUGGUGUUCUCGGGGUAAUGAGAGGUGUUGCGUUUGCGACAGAAAUAGCGUUUUCCUUGAUAGCCAAAAAGCUCAAUUUUAAUCUCAUCUGACCAGAGUGCCUUCUUCCAUAUGUUUGGGGAGUCUCCCACAUGCCUUUUGGUGAACACCAAAUGUGUUUGCUUCUUUUUUUCUUUAAGCAAUGGCUUUUUUCUGGCCACUCUUCCGUAAAGCCCAGCUCUGUGGAGUGUACGGCUUAAAGUGGUCCUAUGGACAGAUACUCCAAUCUCCGCUGUGGAGCUUUGCUGCUCCUUCAGGGUUAUCUUUGGUCUCUUUGUUGCCUCUCUGAUUAAUGCCCUCCUUGCCUGGUCUGUGAGUUUUGGUGGGCGGCCCUCUCUUAGCAGGUUUGUUGUGGUGCCAUAUUCUUUCCAUUUUUAAAUAAUGAAUUUAAUGGUGCUCCAUGGGAUGUUCAAAGUUUCUAAUAUGUUUUUUAUAACCCAACCCUGAUCUGUACUUCUCCACAACUUUGUCCCUGACCUGUUUGAAGAGCUCCUUGGUCUUCAUGGUGCCGCUUGCUUGGUGGUGCCCCUUGCUUAGUGGUGUUGCAGACUCUGGGGCCUUUCAGAACAGGUGUAUAUAUACUGAGAUCAUGUGACACUUAGAUUGCACACAGGUGGACUUUAUUUAACUAAUUAUGUGACUUCUGAAGGUAAUUGGUUGCACCAGAUCUUAUUUAGGGGCUUCAUAGCAAAGGGUGAAUACAUAGGCACGCACCACUUUUCCGUUAUUUAUUUUUUUGAAACAAGUUAUUUGAUUCAUUUCACUUCACCAAUUUGGACUAUUUUGUGUAUGUCCAUUACAUGAAAUCCAAAUAAAAAUCAAUUUAAAUUACAGGUUGUAAUGCAACAAAAUAGGAAAAACGCCAAGGGGGAUGAAUACUUUUGCAAGGCACUGUAAUCCAUAGAUGGCAGUUCCUAUUUGAGUCAGGACUGGCAUCCAUUGCUAGUGUACCCAUUAGUUUAACAGUCAAAUUGCCAGGGUAAGAGGUUACAAAAUCCUUCUGUUGAUUAUAUGUCCACAACGCAACAAGCUGUAGCCUAUAUUUGGCGCGCAUGCUGCCCAAACUGCAGCCUUCCCGACUGUAAGCAUACCGGUAACUGCCAAAAUAAAGGAAACAUUUGAGUAAACAAGGGAUACAAAGUAUAUGUUAUGGUGUGGGGUCGCAUUUUCCUGGCAUUGUUUAGGUCCAUUUGUAGAAUCUAUGCCAAGGCGCACGGAAGCUGUUCUGGCAGCUUGUGGUGGCGCAACAUCCUUUUAAGACACUUAAGUUUCAAGUUUUAAUGUCACAUGCACAAGUACAGUGAAAUGGCCUUUCUUGCUAGCUCUAACCCCAACAAUGCAGUAAUUGUUUAUUUUUUAUUUAACCUUUAUUUAACCAGGUAAGCCAGUUGAGAACAAGUUCUCUUUUACAACUGCGACCUGGCCAAGAUAAAGCAAAGCAGUGCGAUAAAAACAACAAAAACACAGAGUUACACAUGGGAUAAAACAAAACAUACAGUCAAUAACACAAUAGAAAAUCUAUAUACAGUGUGUGCAAAUGUAGUAAGUUAUGGAGGUAAGGCAAUAAAUAGGCCAUAGUGCAAAAUAAUUACAAUUUAGUAUUAACACUGGAAUGAUAGAUGUGCAGAAGAUGAUGUGCAAAUAGAGAUACUGGGGUGCAAAUGAGCAAAAUAAAUAACAAUAUGGGGAUGAGGUAGUUGGGUGGGCUAAUUACAGAUGGGCUGUGUACAGGUGCAGUGAUCGGUAAGCUGCUCUGACAACUGAUGCUUAAAGUUAGUGAGGGAGAUAAGAGUCUCCAGCUUCAGAGAUUUUUGCAGUUUGUUCCAGUCAUUAGCAGCAGAGAACUGGAAGGAAUGGCGGCCAAAGGAGGUGUUGGCUUUGGGGAUGACCAGUGAGAUAUACCUGCUGGAACGCAUACUACGGGUGGGUGUUGCUAUGGUGACCAAUGAGCUAAGAUAAGGCGGAGAUUUGCCUAGUAGUGAUUUAUAGAUGACAUGGAGCCAGUGGGUUUGGCGACGAAUAUGUAGUGAGGGCCAGCCAACGAGAACGUACAGGUCACAAUGGUGGGUAGUAUAUGGGGCUUUGGUGACAAAACGGAUGGCACUGUGAUAGACUACAUCCAAUUUGCUGAGUAGAGUGUUGGAGGCUAUUUUGUAAAUGACAUCGCCGAAGUCAAGGAUCGGUAGGAUAGUCAGUUUUACAAGGGCAUGUUUGGCAGCAUGAGUGAAGGAGGCUUUGUUGCGAAAUAGGAAGCCGAUUCUAGAUUUAACUUUGGAUUGGAGAUGCUUAAUGUGAGUCUGGAAGGAGAGUUUACAGUCUAACCAGACACCUAGGUAUUUGUAGUUGUCCACAUAUUCUAAGUCAGACCCACCGAGAGUAGUGAAUCUAGUCGGGCAGGCGGGUGCAAGCAGCGUUCGAUUGAAGAGCAUGCAUUUAGUUUUACUAGCUUUUAAGAGCAGUUGGAGGCUACGGAAGGAGUGUUGUAUGGCAUUGAAGCUCGUUUGGAGGUUUGUUAACACAGUGUCCAAUGAAGGGCCAGAUGUAUACAAAAUGGUGUCGUCUGCAUAGAGGUGGAUCUGAGAGUCACCAGCAGCAAGAGCGACAUCAUUGAUAUACACAGAGAAUAGAGUCGGCCCGAGAAUUGAACCUUGUGGCAUCCCCAUAGAGACUGCCAGAGGUCCAGACAACAGGCCCUCCGAUUUGACACAUUGAACUCUAUCUGAGAAGUAGUUGGUGAACCAGGCGAGGCAGUCAUUUGAGAAACCAAGGCUAGUCUGCCAAUAAGAAUGCGGUGAUUGACAGAGUCGAAAGCCUUGGCCAGGUCGAUGAAGACAGCUGCACAGUACGGUCUUUUAUCGAUCGCGGUUAUAAUAUCGUUUAGGACCUUUAGCGUGGCUGAGGUGCACCCAUGACCAGCUCGGAAACCAGAUUGCAUAGCAGAGAAGGUAUGGUGGGAUUAGAAAUGGACGGUGAUCUGUUUGUUAACUUGGCUUUCAAAUACUUUCGAAAGGCAGGGCAGGAUGGAUAUAGGUCUGUAACAGUUUGGAUCUAGAGUGUCACCCCCUUUGAAGAGGGGGAUGACCGCGGCAGCUUUCCAAUCUUUGGGGUUCUGUUAGCUAUUUAGUUAGCUAUUUAGCUGUUUUAUGGCAUGGGAAUGCUGUUCAGGAGCCAGUUGGUGUCAGACUUGAUGCACCGGUACCGCUUGCCGUGGAGAAGCAGAGAGAACAGUCUUGGGUGGCUGAAGUCUUUAAUGAUUUUCCGGGCCUUCCUUUCUCACCACCUGAUAUAGAGAUCCUAUGUUGGUGUUUCCUUAAUUUUGGCAGAUACCUUAUGUGCUUCUAAUAAAACUUAAUCCACAGUUGUUAUUUUUUUUUAUAAACUAUUGAUCCUCUGUGGCUCAAUUAUGCUCUCUGUUGUAUUUUGAACAUUGAGCGCGGGCUCCUGUGGUUGGAUAAAACAUUUUUGCCUCUUGGGCCACUUAUGGCCCCAGGCUCAUACAAUUGACCAGUCACAUUUAUUUAUUAUGCAGUUUAUUAUUUUUAUUUUUAUUAAUCAGUUACCCACGUGAGCCCCCUACCUCCUCUCCUCCCCCCAUCUGAGGAUUUUUGGGGGCUGCCUCUUGGGCGGCCCACAGCCCUGGGCCCAGGGGCUUCAGCCCUGAUAAGCCCUGCGUUUGUCCUGUGGAUUGGGGCCUCACCAGUCAAAUAAUGGCCUGCCCAGCAUUUUUAUGGCCCUAAGCAUGAUGGGACGUUAAUUGCUUAAAUAACUCAGGAACCACACCUGUGUGCAAACACCUGCUUUCAAUAAACUUUGUAUCCCUCAUUUACUCAAGUGUUUCCAUUAUUUUGGCAGUUACCUGUACAUUGACUGUGAUAAUCUGCAGUGUACUCCAAUGUGAAAAUCUAGAGAAACAAUGUUUUCUUAUUGUCUUCUCUGAAUAUCAAUGAAAAAUAUCUGCCAUUCAUGUGUAAUCUGAAAAUGUUUGUUCUUUUUUUCAGUCCUGGUACCUGGGGAACUAA